GAAAGAUAACUAGAUAUGCUUUGCUUUGUUUUGUUUUGUUUUGUUUUUCCAGUGGAAUUUUUAUUCUGUGACCUGGCUUCCAUGAAGUCCAUUCGACAGUUUGUUAAGGAAUUCAAGAAAAAGAAUUAUCCUCUUCAUGUGCUAAUCAACAAUGCUGGAAUUAUGAUGAUUCCUCAGAGAAAGACUACAGAUGGAUUUGAGGAACAAUUUGGUGUGAACUAUUUGGGGCACUUCUUGUUGACAAAUCUUCUCUUGGAUAUCCUCAAGCAGACAGGCUCUUCAAGCCACAAUGCAAGAAUCCUAACAGUGUCAUCAGGCACCCAUUAUGUAGGAGAACUGAAUAUGGAUGAUUUACAAAGCAGGCAUUGUUACUCACCUUGUGGAGCCUAUGCCCAAAGCAAGCUUGCCCUGGUACUUUUCUCCUAUCAACUACAGCGGCUCCUGGCAGCUGAAGGGAGUCACGUGACUGCCAAUGUAGUAGACCCUGGAGUCGUGAACACUGAUCUCUACAAGCAUGUGUUUUGGCUUACAAAGCUGGUCAAGAGUUUGACCUCCUGGCUGUUGUUCAAGACUCCAGAUGAAGGAGCAAUCACAUCCAUCUAUGCAGCAGUUGCACCAGAGCUAGAAGGAGUUGGUGGCUGUUACCUUUAUCAUGAGAAAAUCAUUAAAUCUUCUAAUGUAACUUAUGAUGAGGACCUUCAGAGGAAACUCUGGGCAGAAAGUUGCAAGAUGGUUGGAAUACAUAAUGUGAUCAACAAAGUCAUCUCAACCUAAUUGCCUCCUAUGUGGAAUCUCAUGAAUCCCCAUAAAUCUCAAACAAGGUGUAUGCUGAGCCUGUAAAAUUGUAUUUUUCAUAUGAAACUUGUGGCUUUGGCUUAAAAAAUUAAUGAGUGCUGAUCUGCCAGUAAUUCCCUCGAUGUUCUCAAUUUUCAAUGGAUUUGUAAUUUUGUCAUCGUGGCUACAACUAAUCCCUCCCUCCCUGCCCAUCCUGUACAAUCCUUGUCAAUGUUCUCCAAUAAAUUUGCAAAUCUACCAAGCGGUCCAGGGUAAGGGGAGGGAGGGAAACAAUCCACCCAAAGUGCUAGGUGCCUUCCUCUAAUUCUCUUGCCAGUGCAUGAAAACCAGAAUGGGGAAAAAAAUCCUCACACAGAACUGAGUAGGCUCUGAUACCCAAGCCAAUAAUAUGUUUUGUAUUCAUAAUGUUUCAAGUUGUAAUUAAAUAAUCUGUGAUAAUAAAUCUCUGGUAUAAGUAUGCAGUUUAUUUUUCUUUUGGUCACUUUGAAGGAAAAGAGAUUGAUUUGCCUUAUGAAUAAAAGGCUCAUAGUUGAUGUGAACAUCUCUUUAAGAUGCUUUUUAAUAAGACAGACCUUAUUUGACUGUUAGAAUGCAUCAAAUUUUUAUUAGUGUCUUAUGUUUUGUUUUAGUUUUCUUGACUCAAAUAAUAAUGUGACUUAUUGUACCUGUAGCCAUGACUUUUGACUGAACACACACAAUUUCUAUUGGUUGUGGUUUCCUACACUGCAGAGCUUAUGAGACCAACUCCUUAAUGUUGCUUUAGUGAAGAAUGACACCAAAGAUUUCACUGGGUUCUCCUAACUACAAAGAUCACAGUGCAGUCAUCAUAGUAGUAGGUUGUUACUGAGAAUUGGUGUUCUCAAUUUAGAACACUUUUUAGGAAAUACA